UCGUAAACUGGGAGAACUGUAUACCGCGGAAAAAUCUGUCGGUUGUAAAUAUUUUCUUUCAGUGUGUAGUGUUUUUGUACAGCGCUGGUGUGAAUUUAUAGUGUACUGUGGCUUAUUAAUUGGAUUGUUGUGAAUAUACCCUGUGCUGUGAUUAUUAGGAACGAUGCAAAAGGUUCAUCAUGAAUGGUGAUUGGAUGUGUGGAGUGUUUGUUGUUGUCGCGUCCCAUUUAAUUUGUGACAGCAAUCUCAUUGUAUACUAAGUGUAGAACUAAGCAUGUGCAAUUUUGGAUAACACGUAAUUUAUAGUUUUAAACGGAUACUUAAAAAAAUAAAGAACAAUGGAUGAUUACCAGGAAGGGGAUUUGGUAUGGUUCGAUCCGGGGAUCGGCUACCUUCUACCCGGAGAAGUGGUCGAUUUCUCCAAACCAGCACAAGUCAUCACGGUACAAGCUCUCAUCUCUGGAAAGCCUCAGAAUUUCACAUUACAUAAUCUGGAAAGUGUGAAGAAAAGGCAAGAUCUUGGCCCCAAUGGAUUCGAAGACAUGAUUGAGUUGGUUGAUCUCAAUGAAGCAUCUCUACUUUGGAAUUUAAAAAUUCGUUAUGAUAAGGAAAUGAUAUAUACAUAUACGGGUAGUAUUUUAGUUGCUGUCAAUCCUUACAAGAUGUUCGAUAUCUAUGGCUUGGAGAUGGUGAAAAAAUAUGAAGGUCAAAUUCUAGGGACUUUGCCACCCCAUCUCUUUGCCAUAGGAAGUUCAGCUUAUGGGAAAAUGAGUAAGGAUAGUGAAAAUCAAGUGGUCGUUAUCAGCGGCGAAAGCGGAGCGGGAAAAACGGAAAGCACGAAGCUGAUAAUGCAAUACCUGGCGGCAGUGAAUAAGUCUCCCAGCACCCUCAUAACAGAACAAAUCUUGGAGGCCAACCCUUUGCUGGAGUCGUUUGGGAACGCCAAAACAGUCAGAAAUGACAAUUCCAGCAGGUUUGGGAAGUACAUGGAAGUUCAUUUCAAAGAUGGAGUUAUAACAGGCGCCAGAAGUACCGAGUACUUAUUAGAAAAAUCGAGAAUCGUCACACAGGCUUCGGACGAGCGGAACUACCACGUCUUCUACGAAAUGCUGAGUGGUUUGUCGGACACGGAAAAAGAGAAAUACGGCCUGCAGACUGCGGACAAUUACUUUUACCUCAACCAGGGGGGAUGUUUCAAAAUCAAAUCGAAAGACGACGCCGAAGACUUCCGUGCCCUCCUGGCGGCCAUGCAGGUGCUUAGCUUCACAUCUGAAGAACAAGACACCAUCUUCAGAAUUCUUGCUUCGGUGCUUCAUCUGGGAAACAUUUACUUCCACAGAAAACAGCUGAAACAUGGACAGGAAGGUGUGGAAAUCGGCAGCGAUGCCGAAAUACGAUGGGCAUCUCAUCUGCUGCAAUUAUCCUUAGACGGCAUUCUACGAGCCAUGACAACAAAAACGACAGAAGCCAGAAAUGAGCGCGUUGUAACUCCACUCAAUAUUGAUCAAGCUUUGGAUGCCAGAGAUGCCAUCGCCAAAGCCUUGUAUUCCAGUCUCUUCUCUUGGCUCGUCCAACGAGUCAAUAACAUUGUAUUCAAAGGACCCAGGAAGACAUCUAUAGCCAUCUUAGACAUCUUUGGUUUCGAAGACUUCAAAGAGAACAGUUUCGAGCAGCUGUGCAUCAAUUACGCCAAUGAGACGCUCCAGUACUACUUCAACAAGCACGUCUUCAAGCUGGAACAGCAAGAGUACGCCAAGGAGCGGAUCGAGUGGCAGCCCAUCAACUACCAGGACAACCAGCCCGUGCUCAACCUCAUCGCUAAGAAACCUGUUGGUAUACUGCCUCUGCUCGACGAUGAAAGCAACUUUCCGAAGGCAACUGAUCUGUCUUUCCUGGAGAAAUGCCACUACAACCACGCUUUGAACGAACUGUACAGCCGCCCACGAAUGUCCUCCAUGGAAUUCGGAGUGAAGCACUACGCCGGCCAGGUGUGGUACUCGGUGGACGGCUUCCUCGACAAGAACAGGGACACUCUCAGAGGGGUGGUCGUCGAGUUGCUCAUCAGCAGCAAAUUACCAAUGAUAUCUAAGAUGUUCCAAGAGCUUCGAGACACCGCGGAAGCCGCGAAGACCAUCAGCAAAAGCAAUGGGCGAUUCGUGACUAUGAAGCCCCGGACGCCAACCGUCGGGGCUAGGUUCCACGAUUCUCUGCAGUCUCUAGUAGACCAAAUGGCAAAAUGCCAUCCAUGGUUCGUUCGUUGUAUCAAGCCUAAUAACGAAAAAGCCCCCAUGAAAUUCGACAUGCUCAUAGUUUUAGAACAGCUGCGAUAUUCUGGUAUGUUAGAAACAAUUAGUAUCCGAAAAACAGGAUAUCCAAUUCGAAUGAAAUUCCAGCAGUUUGCCGAAAGGUAUCGAUGUAUCGUUCCCGGAAGACUUCCUCGUGGCUCGCCGUCAAGGGAUGUGUGCCGCGUCAUCCUUGAUAAAAUACCCGGCUCCAAGGAUCAGUAUCAGCUUGGGAGCUCUAAGGUCUUUUUGAGGGAAUCGCUCGAGCAAGCCCUGGAGAAGGAACGAGUGAAUAUCCUGCGUGGAUCCGUGGUCACCAUCCAGCGAUAUGUGCGGGGAUAUCAGGCGAGGAAGAAGUACAAGCUCAUGCGACAGAGUGCCGUCAAGAUACAGACAUCAUACAGGGCCUGGACCGCCAGACGCCGCUAUCGAAUCAUUCGAAAAGGAAUCAUCAGGACGCAGGCCAACUAUCGGAUGUUACGCCAGAAAAGGGAAUACGACAAAAUCAAAGCUAUUUUGGCGAGGAAGCGGGAGGCAGAUCGACUUGCCCUGGAAAGGAGCAAAGAACGCGCGAACAAAGAAGAGCAGGAACGGGCCUCGAGGGCUGUGGCUGGAGUCAACCAUCUCGAAAUUCCUGCCGAGCUGGCCUUCAUAUUCAGCAAGUUGGAUGAAUGGCAAUGUAUUCACAACGAGAGGAAUGUCACCAAAGUUGUUGGGGAAGUCGCUAAACCUGUCAGUCCCGAGUAUCGGUUGCCUUCUGAUAUAGACCAGCAUGCCUUCACCAAAUUCACUAAUGUCUACUUUAAGGCACACAUUUGGGGGAUGAAAAGAGAGCCAAUCAAGACGCCAUUCCUCGCCAAGACCAAUGAAUCAGACUAUCAGUGUUCGCUAGCUCUAUUCAAACUGAUUCUCCGCUUCAUGAACGACAACAACCUGAACGGUAAAAAAGAGCGCAUCCUGGGCGAUUACAUCGUCCAGAAGGGCCUGCUGAACGAAGCGAUGAGAGACGAGAUCCUCUGUCAACUGUGCAACCAGACCUGGAAGAACGACAACGAAGCCAAUAACGAGCGGGCCUGGAUCCUCAUGGCCAACUGCCUCAGCUGCUUCGCCCCUUCCAGGCAUCUCUACAAAUACUUGCUCAAGUACGUCUCCGACCACGCUUAUGACGGGUACAAGGCGCACUGCCAAAGAAAACUUCUUCAGGGACAGAAGUUGGAUCCCGAAGGUAGGAGAACAUAUCCACCUAGCCUCCUGGAAUGGAAGUCUAACACCAGGAGAACCAACAUGGCUCUCGAAGCGAAGUUUGCAGACGGUGGCAGCAUGUACGGUCCCGUGGAGUCGCUCACGACAGGGGAGGAAUUCGCUGCCUCUUUGCUCAAAGCCAGGGGUAUUGACGACUGCUACGGGUGGACUGUGGAUUUGGACGACGACGGAGAUUUGUACGAACUGAACGGUUACGACUACGUCCUCGAUCUGAUCUCUGAAACCGAGGUCCCGCCCGCUUUCCCUGUCUGCAAAUCCUUCUUCCUCGUGUCUGCCAAUAAGAACAAAAAGACCAAAUACUCGUCUGCAACAUGGGCAGCAUCGCCUCACAACCCUGAGCGUAUCAACACAUUCGAAAUCGACAUCGAUGAGUCCCCACCAGCGCCCAUCCGGUACAAACAACCAAUCAAAUCCCGUUCCAUCGACGACAUCACAAGGGCAGACCAGCAUUCUUCGCACGAAUAUCUUACAAGAGAAAGAAGAAAAGAACGCAUCCGAUCGAGUUCACACGAACGGCUUCUGGACGACAUUGGAAGGAUCGACCCUCCCUUGUCCAAGACCAGUGCCCUCAACGAUCGGUACUUCGAGAACGGCAAGACGACCCGAUCCGAUCUCAUCGUAGACGAAACUCAUCGUUCCAGAUCGAGACCUGAACCCAUCGGAUCCAUGUUGGGGCUGUCCAAGAGCAAAUUGAACGAGCGCUACCAAGAACGGGAGGUGCCAGGACUCUCGGAAACGAGUAAACUCAACAAGCGCUAUUUGGCGCCUAAAAAUAAUACUUCCCAGCAACGCCCCGAGGAGGAGCCUCACCACUCAAAGUCCGCACAGAGUCCUCCCAGCAAUGCUUGGCAAGAUGAACUCGGAUUGGCGUCCUCGGCUCUCAACGACCGCUACUUCUCUCGCCAAGAACUCAUGAAGCAGACCAAGACAGAUGCCAGCGACGCUGGAAGUCGAAGAGGAGAAGGCAGUGUUAUUCAUGGGCAAACGCCCAGUAUUGAUGAGUCCAGUAAAAUCAAUGGUCACUCGCCUGACAUGAAUGGUAGCGGUAACAACAGAGACGCCAGCAACUCAUCCCAGGCUUCUAACGACGCCAUAGAUUUCCCAGAAUUCGACUUCCCAGAAAAUGGCGAUGAAGAAGAAGAGAUCGAGCCGGACGAUUACCUGCCAGAUCCGGACGGUUCCAGAUGCAGCAGGACCACCGAGUCGACUCGUUAUGUGAAGUAUGGGGGCAAGCAACAGGCUGUUAAAGGCCAUUCUCAUUCUACGAAGGCACACAUCGAUCGGAACCGUGACGACUACAGCAGCGUUGGGGGGCCAAAGAGUUCUGCUAUGUCCGACACUUCGGAAGCACCCUCUCUGGCAUCCCACGUCAAAAACGUUCGCAUACCUUCCCACACCUCCGAUCUUGACCAGUAUCUUGAUGAUCUCUUCAAUCCUGUUCUUGAUGGAAAUCUGGAUGAACUGAGUGAUGCAAGAUCUCUGGCAGCUUCUAUCAAAGGAGGGCGAAGACCAGAAUCUGUGUCUGUGUACAACAAAGAUUCGUCCGAAAUUGAUCCUUACAACAUCCUAGACGAGCUGCUCCCAGAACCACCAGAGGAGGAAUUCAGCAAUCUCAACAACCCUGAAAGCCUUGCCAAAGCUCUGAAGGGCGGUGGCAAGGCCGUCGGUGGUGGGAUCGACACCCAGCAGCGCGGGGCCUCCAACGGUCUUCAUUCUCAAAGCAUGACACCUAAUUUGUCCACUCCCUCACCAGCCCUGCCAGGAGGAGUUGGCAACUCUUCUGCAUCUUCAACAACAGGUGGCAACAACUUGCCUCUAUACAAUUUAUCUGGCAUGACUGUUCCUAUGGUAGACGCUUCCCAACUGAUCCAGCAGCAGCUGUUGCAGCAGCAGAUGAUCCAGCUCCAGCAAAGGGCAUUCUUAGCAUCUGCUGUGCAACAAAAUCUUCAGAUUCAGCAACAUCUAAUGCAGCAAAAUCAAGCUUUGCAACAUCUUCUAUCGAAUAGCACGGUGAGCCCAGCUUCCCCUGUUCCAGUGGGUCCUUCCCUACUCGCCGAAGCGCCAUCCCUGCAGUUUCCGGGGGCUAUGUCGCCAGCUCUGGGGCCCCUGCCACCCAUCAUAACAUCCCCCAACCUUCCUUCAACUCUCUUGCAGACGACUACACCUGGUCUGAAUCCCCCCGACUUCACGAAUCUCUCCUUCAACCAGGCCUCCAUUUUCUCCGCCGGUCCAGACGCUGGGGGUUUGCCGUCUGGUCCCCCCAAGGUCAGGCCUCCAUCCCCCGUGCAGAAGACUAUCUUUCCGAAGCCCAACCUGCCGCAUGAGGUUUUCAGCGACGUUCUCAGUGAGCUGAGGAGCAAAGCAGGUGGCAGUGAGACAGUCCCUCCGUCCGCUCCUAGAUCCCAACAACACAGAAUGCUCGGUGUGCCUCCUCCCCCACCACCACCACCGCCUCCACCACCACCUCCUCCUCCCAUGUCCCCGGAUAGUCAAGCCAAAUACCAGGACAUGUACGGGAGGGCCAAGACGGUCAGAAUCGGCAAAUGGAGGUGGCCGCCUCCCAGGGACGACGGUGCGCCUCCUGUCAGUUUCCUAGAGUUCAAGCAAGCUUCCAAACAGAAAAGGGACAAAUCAGAGGAUGGGACUGAUUUUCCGGAAAUGAGUAUGGAACCCGGUUCGGGACUGAAUGGUGAAGCUUCCCUCUCCAUUGGUCAGACGUACCAGCAGCAGCAACAACAAUCGAGCCAAGAGCUCAUGAAAAAGAGCCAAAGCCUAGACGACCUGAAGGAGGAGGAUACGGACAUAGUCCGCGCUUUCGAGGGCAACGAUAAACCAUCGCCUGGCAGCAUCGGAAAGCUUAGAAUAAGCUCGGAAAUGAAAGCUAAACUCGAGCAGCUCACCAUGGACCACAGUGUGCGAUCCACCAACAAGAAAGAAACGCGGGCCAAAGUAUUUCCAAUAGAAGAACCCCAAGAUGACCAGGGAGGAAUCAAGAAACUUUGCGAGAGCCGAAAGAAUCUUCUGGAACAGAAACUUCGCGGCAGUGGCGAUUACAUGGAAGGUUCUAUGCCGCGUUCUCGCAACGAUCGCUACCAAGAAAUGCCAUACGAUCCCGAUUUACCGUCCGAAUAUCGCGGCCGAAGUCAACAAUUCGUGGUAGAGAAUCUGGUCAAAUCCCAGGUACAGAGGAUGGAACGGGCCAGCCGUGAGAUCCGAGAACUUCGGGAAGAACUGGGCCAUCCCAUGAGUGCUGUUCUACCAUCUAGGACCAGCACCCAACAGGCGACGGACUACCUUUCUGGUCAGUCUUCAUCCAAGUACUUUGGACCUCAUUCUUCCUUGAUGACUGACCACUCCAGCCAGAACUCUUCCAGAAGUAUCAUGUAUGAAGAAAGUUUGGCCAGUUCUUCAAGGAAUGGGUACAGGGAUGACCCAAGGAUGUAUGGAGGUUCGAGGGGACAUCCACCCCCACCUGUAGGCCCUCUUGGAUCGAAGAUGCACCAUCCCCCAUCAAUAACUGGUUCCUCCAGCUAUUAUGCUCCUAGCUCAGUUGUCGUGCCAAAGCACAGAGAACCGCCUGCUCCCAUAUCCCCACCUAAAAUGAUGCACGAUAGAAUGUCUGCAGAUAAAAUCGAAUUUGAAGAAAGCUCCGAAUUCUUGAAACCUAUUGACACAGCGCCUCCGAUAGUAAUGGACACCCCCGAACAAAGGACUUUGGAAAGCAUUAAAACCAAACUAUUUCCUCCAAACACUGCUCCAUCCUACAGCUACACCAAGGUCUCGUGGACUCUUAGAGUUAGAAAAGAGGUGUUCUCGCCUUCCGAAAAGCUGGACAACCCCAUUGCACUUCAUCUGGUCUUCUGUCAAGUCGUAAAAGACGUCUCGUCCUCUGCAUGCAUUCGAAUGAACAGAGAAGAAAAAAGAAAACUGCAGCAGCUGAUAGAUGGUUAUGGCAUCACGUCUUCUACUAUCCACUCCAACACUAUCAAGUUAACCAUGAAGAGAAAUGUCGUAGAUGUCGCCAAAGACUUCCCUAACUACUUUGCGAGGCUUUUCCCUAUCUCCGGUGGUCGUAAUCUACCCAAUGUCCAGCUUUUAGGAAUAUCUCAUUCUGGAGUCAGAUUGGUUCGAAGAGAACGUGACGCAAUAUGCGACUACCUCAGGGUGCUCGAUACUAUCAGUUUUGAAGAUAUAGCUGAAGUGAGUGUCCCUCGAAGCAGUACGUUACAGAUCCUUCUCAGGAACGGUGGUUGGAUGACUUUAUACUCCCACAAGGCUGAGAAAAUCAGGAACAUGGUGGAACGUUAUUGUGUGGAAGCUGCACAAGGUGGCCACGAGUAUGUGCGAGCAGUCGCUGAUUACGUCACAAGAGAGGCUACUCUUCUGAGCUUCAGAGAAAAUGACAUCAUUCGAGUUGUUAAGAACAGGAACCUGCAUCUGGACAAAGGUUGGCUGUACGGAGUAUUAGAUAAUGGAGAAUCUGGCAUUUUUCCCUGCGAAUAUGUUGCUCCACUUGGCAAGCAGGAGGCUAAGCGAGGACAAAGACGAGAGUUGGAGAGCUUGGUUCAGUCUAAGCCUCAGCAGAAAGUACGACGCGGUCAGUACAUCGAAGAUAUGGCUUCGUAUAAUUCCGAUAGCCACAUGAAUGGUACAUUGGACAGAGAAAGAGAAAGUGAACCUCCUGCUUGGAUUGAAUCCAAAAUGGAAAACUUCGAUAGCGAGGGUAGAAGUGAAGUAAACCAGUCGCCACAGCCCGCCAAUGACGCCAAAUCUUUGCUACAAUUCGCCCUCUUCAACUUCAGGGAAAGUUUAGACAAAUAUGAAAUGCUCCGCACGCGCGAUGGUUCUAUCCGAGGUUCCAUCAAAUUGAUUGAGAGCUUGAAGACAAAGAAAGGCAAGGGUAAAAAAGGCAAGGACACGUCUGACUGGACCUGGAAAGAACUCGCCGACAUGGUUAAGUACACAAAGUCUCCAUUAAUGGCAUCUUUGCUGAAAUUUGAAGCUCCUGAAUUGAACAAAUUAGCUUUAGAAUGCUUUAUUGCAAUUAUGAGGUAUAUGGGAGAUUAUCCAAUGACCAAAAACCAAACUGAAGUCGACUGUGUUUAUACUAUUCUUGUCACAUGCCAUAAAUACCCUCAGCUAAGAGAUGAAGUCUAUUGCCAAUUGAUGAAGCAAACGACCAACAAUAAAAGUCCGAAACCGGACAGCUGUCAACGUGGCUGGCGUCUGUUUUCCAUCGUAGUCGCCUACUUUGAAUGCUCGGACGCACUGAAACCGUAUCUGUUUAAAUAUUUAGAAACAGCUGCUUACGAUAAGCGAAGAGCUUACCACGGUACGGCAAUGGUUUGCUUACAAAACUUAAGGAAAACAUUCAAGUAUGGUGGCCGGAAAAAUGUACCCAGUAUAGAAGAAAUAUCAGCUAUAUCUGCGGGUCGUAAUUCGAAGAGACAAAUCUAUAGAUUGCCAGGUGGAACGGAGCGAGUCAUAAACACCAAGUCCACGACCGUCGUGCAAGAUAUCAUCGAAGAAAUAUGCACCAUCUUGAAUGUUCGAAAUCAGUUGGAAAUGGAGGAAUUCUCGCUUUACUGCAUAGUCGAAGGAGAUCCUUACACCAUGCCACUCAACAGAGAAGAGUACAUACUGGACGUCACCACAGAAUUGCUCAAAAACGGCCAGGUCUUCUACUUGAUCUUCUGUCGGUCGGUGUGGUACUACCCCUUGCGACUGGACAAUCAUCUGUACAUUGAAGUCAUCUUUAACCAAGUCGCUCCCGACUACCUGGAAGGUUUGCUCCUGGUCAUGCCAGGGGAAAGAGUGAAGGACCAAAACGUGGCUGACAUUGCGAAAGUCGCCGCUUUGUUACACAGAGCUGCUGAUAUGGAGCAUACUCCAGCCAAGGAAGAAGUGAAAUAUCUAUUACCUAAACCCAUCUUGGGCGUGCGAGAUAUUCGCCCCGCUCAGUGGGUGGAAUACGUUCAACAGAACUGGCCUCAGAUGACCGCUUUAACAACGACAGAGGCUAAGGCUCAAUGCUUAGAUAUACUUCAAAAAUGGCCUUUGUUCGGGUCUUGCUUCUUCAUUGUCAAGUGGAUUCGUGGUGAUGCUAUGCCAGUCGACCACAUUCUAGCCUUAAACAAAGAAGGUGUUCACUUCCUAGACGUAGUCACACACGAAACAACCUGGAAAUAUCCGUUUUCCGAGGUGAUUUCAACCAGAAAAGUCCGGGCUGAAGACGGCACAUUAUUUUUGGACAUGAAAUGUGGCAAUCUCAUGGUGCAGAAAAUUACACGUAUCCAGACCGACCAGGCUCACGAAGUUUCAAGGCUCAUUCGUCAAUACAUUAAUAUCGAACAAAAGCACCGUGGUGUCAGCAAUGGCGACGCCCCACACGACCUGACACUUUCCAGACAUAUCGACAAAUAACAUUCAGUUCGUCUUGAACAGAAGUGAAGACUUAACUAAGUUAUUUUUGUGGAUAUACAUUCAAUAGUGCUCACUAGAAAGAACUUCAUGGCUCUAGAAGCAAGUGGAUAGCCUAUCAAUAUCAUCCAUUUCAGUCAUUUAAGCAAAAAAAAACUUACCGAAACCUUGAGGUUGUGCCUUGGGAAAAUGAAGAAUUUUCUCGAACUAAAGACACGUAUUUGUGCUCUUCCACGUGACUUUGAAAAAAUGGAUACUACUUUCACCAAAAACUCAGUUUUGGUAUGCAGAUGUCUACUGUCUCGAACCAAGGACAUGUGAAGUUAGUAGAGCUGUUUUUAUUUCUUGUUUACCUCGUCAAGAUUACAUUCCAGAUAUAUUUUUUUUAUCAAAAGAAAGAAUUUUGUGAAUCAUGAUUUUUUUUUUUUUUUAAUUCUGUAUUCUGUAGUUCACAUGUCUCAGUUAAUAAAUGAAGAUGCUCUUCGCGAAUCGUUUUGGUUAACCAGUGCCAAAUGCAGCAAAUAGGGUUAUAUUAAUAUGAAAAACUAGGGUAUUGUCUUAACCUAGUUUAGGUCUAAUCAGAAGAGUAUGAUUGGGACCAUUUCUUUUAUAACUCUUUUGAUUUAAAUUAUUUAAAAUUUGCAGAAAAGUUUGUAUUUUUCACUGAGAAAUCUCGUCUGUAAGUAAAUGUAUAUUUAUAAAUAUCGAUGUAAGAAAAACAAUUGCUAUUUUUUAUAGUUCUUGUAAUGUGUUCUUAUUUUCAUUGAAUUUUUUUAUCUUUUAUUUCUGACAAUAAAUAUUUUACUAUCA